AUGAGUGAUUGCAAAGCUGUAGCAACACCCGGAGAAGUAAAUCUAAAGCUAGUCAAAAGUAACGAAGGAAAGAAAUUAGUAGAGCCGAAGCUGUAUAGAAGUUUAGUUGGCUCUCUUUUAUUCAUUGGCAAACAAACCCGUCCAGAUAUUCUAAAUAUUGUUAAUGAGCUGUCACGAUUUCUCGAUAAACCUGACGAAUCACAUUGGAAGGCAGCAAAGCGCGUACUGAGAUAUCUCAAAGGAACUACUGACUUACGAUUAACAUUCUUGAAGAAUUCCAGCUGUGAUAUUGUUGGCGAUUCGGACGCAGAUUGGAGUGGGGAUCUCAACGAUCGCAAAUCGACAACUGGAUACUACUUUAAAUUCGAAGGAAAUGGAGGUGCCAUCAGUUGGGAGGUAAAGAAGCAAGCAACCGUUGCCUUAUCAACAGCGGAGGCGGAAUAUCAAGCCAUGGCGGCGGCUGCACAAGAAUCAAUCUACUUACGAGCUCUACUAAAGGAUUUUGGUUUCCCAAUGGAGAAAGCGACCGAUAUUGGAGAAGACAACCAAUCCUGCAUUAAGAUGUGUCACAAUCCCCUGAUGCAUAAACGGUCAAAACAUAUCGACACGAAGCUACACUUCAUUCGAGAAAGGGUAGAAAAUAAAGAAAUAAAGAUACAUUAUGUUCCAACCGAAGAAAUGACUGCGGACAUUCUGACGAAAUCAUUACCUCGAGUGAAAGUGGAAAAACACAGAACAGUACUCUUAGGGAAUUAA